AUGACGAAAGAGAUCCCCCUCCCCGAACCCUUCGCCUCAAUCCCCCGCAUCCCCCUAACCCUCGGCCCAAGCCCCAUCCACCCCCUCCAGCGCAUCAGCACCGACCUCUCAACACCCACAAACAAGGUGAAUAUCUACGCCAAACGCGACGACCUCGCCUCGCACCUCGCCUCCGGCGGCAACAAGACCCGCAAGCUGGAGUACAUCCUCGCCCCGGCCGUGCUGCCCCCGCCCUCAGCCCCAUCCAACCCAGUAACCACCCCGCCCUGGCAAAAAGCAACAACAUUGAUCUCCAUCGGCGGCCUCCAAUCAAACCACACGCGCCAAGUCGCCGCGUGCGCAGCAGCACUCGGCCUAAAAUGCAGUCUGAUCCAAGAAAACUGGGUCCCAGACGCCAACGCACACAGCAAACAAUACGACAAGGUGGGCAACAUCCAACUCUCGCGACUGCUGGGCGCCGACGUGCGGAUCCACCUGCCGACGUCCUUCGGAAUCGGGCACAAAUCCACGCUCCAGGAACUGGAGGCCGAAUUGCGCAACAAAGGGGAGAGACCGUAUUAUAUCCCUGCCGGGGGGUCGGAUCAUCCGUUGGGGGGACUGGGGUUUGCGCGGUGGGCGUUUGAGGUGGCGGAGCAGGAGAGGGAAAUGGGGGUAAGGUUUGGGACGGUGGUGGUUUGUGCGGUUACGGGCGGGACGCUGGGGGGCAUGCUGGCGGGGUUUAAGUUGUUGGAGAGGCUAUUUCCAGACAACAAGAAACGGGUGGUGGGGAUUGAUGCGAGUGCGAAGCCGGCUGAGACCAGGGAGCAGGUGUUGCGGAUUGCGCGGGCGACGGCGGCAAGGAUUGGUAUGGUCCCUGAAGAUAUCGACGAAAAGGAUGUGUUGCUUGUGGAGGAUUAUCAUGCGGGUCAGUAUGGGGUGCCAGACGCCAAAACCUGGGAGGCGAUCGAGUAUGCGGCUCGGAUGGAGGCGUUCAUUACCGACCCCGUCUACGAGGGGAAGAGCUUCGCUGGGAUGGUGGAUUUGAUUCGCAAGGGCGAGAUCCGCGGCAAUGUGCUCUAUGCUCAUCUGGGCGGCCAGUUGGCUUUGAAUGCUUACACCGAUGUGGGAGAGAGAAAGUAA